UGACCAUUGACCAAAUAUGGAUAUGCCGGAGAAUAAAUCGGUUUCUUAUAAGGAUUACUGGCGGCACUAAACUGUUCUUCCAGUUUGGUAAUUUUGGCCGCCCAUAUAACCGCCCUGAAAAAAAUCAAGAUUAAUCCAUAAACUACACUAUAUUUUUAUUUCAAUCACUAAUAUUACCCAUUCCUUCAAAGCCAUUAUUCAUUUUUACCGGUCUUUCUCAUCAAAUUUUAAAUAAUUUCUUAUUGAAAUUGCGAAAUAAACUUUUAAAACCCGGGAUUUGUCGUUUUGUUUUGGUUUUCUUCAUUCAAUUUAUAAACAAAGCAAGCAUGAGGUUGUCAUAUUGUGAAUGAAGUUAAUAUAUAGUUCACAAUAGUAUGUAAAUAAAGCUUUAUUGUGCAUGUUUUUUAACUGUUCUCAAUCAGCUGUGAAAUGUAAACAAUAACUAAGGUUAAUUUUAAAUAUUUUUGCAAAAUAGUGUAAUUUUUAAGAAAAUUUUAAAUUAUAAAUUAAAAUGGUUCUGCUGAGAAGAAUCAUUAACAAAAACAUCUUGUUUCCUCUUUCUGCAAUUAAAAGAUUUUCUUCUAACGAAGUAAGAGUACGUUUUGCUCCUAGUCCCUACCGGUAAGUUAUUGGAAUACUUUGAAAUUUAAACAAUAAUUUAAUAAACAAAACAUUUAUAACAGGUUAUUUACAUUUGGGUGGCCUGCGUACCGCUUUAUACAAUUAUUUAUAUGCCAAAAAUCAAAAUGGUAAAUUUUUACUGCGCAUAGAAGACACGGAUCAAACACGUCUAGUGCCCGGAGCUAUGGAAGCCUUAAUAGAAGAUUUACAAUGGGCUGGCAUAGAUAUAGAUGAGGGUCCUGGCAAAUUUGGUGGUAGUUAUGGACCUUAUAUACAGAGUCAACGAACCAAAAUAUACUUAUUCGGUUUUAAAACUCUAUUAGAUAAUGGCACAGCUUAUCGUUUUUGCACCGAACGCCGUUUGGAUUUACGCAAGGAAGCUGUUAGAGCACGACAAAUACCCAAAUAUGAUAACAAAUGUCGCCACUUAACAGAGAAGAAGCAAAUCAAUGAGCUUUUAGCUAAACAAACGCCCUAUUGUAUACGUUUUAAAUUGACGGAUUAUGAGGAACAUAACGAUUUAAUUAUGGUCCGGUACACACAUAAUGUCAGUGAUAAUGAAGGCGACCGGUUAUAAUAAAAACCGAUCCAAUUUCCUACGUAUCAUUUCGCCAAUGUAGUGGAUGAUCAUUUAAUGGGCGUGACACAUGUAUUUCGUGGUGUAGAAUGGCAAAUUUCUACCACAAAACAUUUAUUGUUAUAUAAAGCUUUUGGUUCACCACCAAAAUUUGGUCACUUACCUUUAUUAGUUAAUAACGAUGGAACUAAGUUAAGUAAACGCCAGGGUGAUGGUAUUAAACAUUUUAGAGAUAAAGGCUAUUUUCCUACUGCCGUAGUUAAUUAUGUAGUUUCCGCUGGUGGCGGCUUUCCCCAUGAACAAUUUAGUAAACCAAAGGUUUAUAGUUUAAAAGAACUAUCAGAAAAGUUUAAUAUUGAACAAGUAAAUUCACAUCCCAGCCGCUUAAAUCCUAUCAUAUUGGAUGAUUUCAAUCGUUUACAUAUUAUUAAAUUAUUAGAAUCUGAAAACAGCACCAAGGAACUAGUGGAAAAUGUUACAACGUUAAUUAAGGAAUCAUAUCCCAAUGAAUCAAAUCUGGAUUUAAAUGCCGAUCAUAUAAAGAGUGUUUUACAAUGGGCUGCUCAGCGUUUGACUUUCGUUAAGGAUUUAACAUCGCCUAAAUUAAGUUUCCUGUGGGUUAAACCUACAAAUUUCAUUCUAAAGGAUCUAACUAAAGAACAACUUGAAAUACUUAACGAAAUUAUAUCAACGACUGAGUUUAAUAAAGAUAAUUUGAAUAAAGUUUUAAAAGAAUUUAGCAAAGAGCAGAGUAUAAAAUUCCCGGUACUAAUGAAAUGCUUAAGAUCAGCUUUUAAGAAGGACCUGGGGGUAGCAGAAAUGAUGGAAAUUUUAGGACAAAAAGUGGUAAUACAAAGAUUAAAAGAUGUUUUAGUUGAAGGAACUAAAACAAUUGAAACCAAACAAGCCGAAAGGCGGCUUAAAUGACCAUCCGUUAUCUAUGAAAUAGUGUAAUAAAUUGUAAAUAAAAUGUUAACAUUUUUAAUGUUUAAGGCAGUUAUAUCUGUUUAUUGUGUUAAAAA